AUGUCUGAGAGCGAUGUGAAUGCUGAGAUGACUGCCUUAGAGCAGGAGCUAAGUAGGCUUCAGGCUAGUAUAAAUAAAAGUCGGACAAGGCCAGCCGCCAGAGAUUCGGGAUUACCUGAAAGUAGGCAGACUACCAUAGAUGACCAAGGUUACAUACGGGAGGGCGCAAGACCUAAAACUAUGGCGAAGACGAAAGUUACUCCAGCGAAUUGUCGUAGAUGCCCUAUGUGUACGUUUGUGGCAAGGUCAGGAGAAGAAUAUAAAAGUCAUGUUCUGCAGUGUUCUAUGAGAACAUUUAACUGCACUUACUGUACCUACUCCAGCAAUAAGGAGAUCAAUGUCAAGAGACAUGAAAGAAGAAGCCACCCUGGCCUUAUCGAGGAACCCAUCAAACUGGAUGGAAAACCUGAUAAGAGCAAAGAGUCAACCAGUAGUAAAAGUGUAGAGGAAGAAGCAGAAAAGCCAGAGGAAGAGUGGCUGAAGCAAGAUUAUGGGGAUAUUAUUGGUUGUGUCUCCUCUGACAGUAGCGAUAAUGAAGGGGAGUCGCAUGAGUCUCAACCGAAGAAAGAUGAACCAUCUACUAAUGAAGAUUUGCUGGAGGGAAGAGUAAUCCGGAAACAGACAGCACCCAGCAGACCUUUCGUUCCUAAAGUCAAGAUUCCUCCUCCCACUGGUAAUCCAGAAAUGGAAAAUAAACAAGACACAAGAUGUGAAAGUUGUAAGAGAAAGUUAUCCAUGGUGGACAUUGGAAUCCAGACAGAGGCUUGUCAGAAAUCUAUCUCGUUUAAGCGGAUCAAGAGGUUCCGUGAGGGUGAUAUUGACAUUGAAGAAAUAGUUGAAGAGAAAACAGAAUUCUGCUGA